UGUCCUCGCUGCAGCCUGUAGCACGAUGACGUAGCUGGAUCAGAUCCAAUACGUACUGGACGUUGUUACGAGCAUGCGCGGUGGUGUGUUUCGGUGACGUCAUAGACGCAUGCGCAGUAGAGAGUUGGUAAACGAUCGCACGUGCUUUGGUCUUCCUAGAAGAGUCUACAGAAAACGGUGGAUUAAUUAACAGUGAUUGUUUAUCGAUGAAUGUCUUUAAAAAGGGCAGUUGUCCAGUAAUUUCAAGGUGCACAAGGUGCUGUAACCAGUACCACUGCCCUUUUUGUGAGACGUACAAAACCACAUCACAACUAUCCAUUGAUAACCAUGUAGAGAAUCAUCUAAAAUUGGCAGUAAAUCAUGAUGGAAUUUCAACUUACUACAAAGUAUGUAGCAACUGCAGCAUGAUGUACAGGUACCAGGAAUUCACUGAUGGUAUCCAUAACUUCAAUGACCACCUUCUGCUUUCUCUUCACUUGUGUGUAAUUCUUCGCAAUGCUCUUCAGAAUCACACUGCUGUCAGCAGAGUAAUGAGCAUACUUGAAGCCACUGCUAAAGCAAAAUUCCCCAGCAAAGACACAGUGCUCCAUGCUUACCUCCACUUUGAAGCCUUGAGCAGCCAUGUUUAUUCUUACACCUGCAUCAAUUGUGGAUAUUACCCCAAAGUGGUGAUUAUGGAUCUCCACAAGAAAGGUGUCUUCAGUAUUCCUUUCAGUGAAAUAGCCACACCACCAUCAGAUUUCAAGGGUGAUACAAACAUUGUCUCUUUUUGGGAAUCCGUAACGAUGGAGAUGAUUGGCCGGGGAUUUCUUUCAAGUGGCAGGAAAAAUCCCUUUGUAGUUUGCCCAAGUUAUGAUUGUUGGGCUCCUUGGAUUGGACCUAACACCCGAAAGUCAGACAUUGUUCUAAACACUGAGCAUGCAAAACUACAAAAAACAAAGUCCUGUGAUGUUCCAGAUCUUGACGUCACAGAGGAAAGGUUAGGUGAUGAGCUCUUUAAUCUUAAGGUUGAUGCAGUGAGGAAGCUGUGCAAAGAAUGUGGAUUGGACACAAAGGGAUCAAGGAUGGAUCUUGUGUUACGUUUGCGAACAGAGAUGCAAAACCGUUCUGCGUACGACAAAAUCUUCCAGCAGAUUUGGGGUGCUUCUGGUGGCUGGGCAGUCAUUACAUGUCCAUGUGGAAUAGUGUAUUCCAUCAAAUUCAACAUAAGAGCAGAGUCUCCCAGAGACUUUGCAGACUUGCUGCUGAGUUGGAAGCACUUUCCUAAUGUGGUAAUAUAUGACUUUGCUAGAGGACUUGCAGCACACGUUAAUCUACGGAAAGCAGAUUCUCUACCUUUCAGUCCCCAUGAAGGGAGACUUGCUGAACCCACUACAGCAAAUAUCCAGCUAGCAAAGGAAGGCAAGCUCAAAGUUAAUCUACCAUGGUUGAAAAAUAAGAAGGAGGAGGAGGAUAUCAACUGCCAUCCUUUGACAGGAUCAUCAGAGCAUUAUGCUCUGUAUGACAGAUUUCAUGAAUUUAACACCAAAGACCCAAGAGAUGCUCUUAGGAGAAUCCAAGUAGUCCCAGAACUCUGUGGAUGGGUAAAUACUCAAACCGCAGAGCAACUUUUUGGUUCAAUGCGCAAGAACAAUUAUUUCUUGAACAUGCUCACGCCAUCUGGACACACAUUUUUGAUGCGCAACAUCAUUCACCACUAUAACACAGCACAGAAUAAGAACAUGGAGGACAGCCUAAGAAAAAUUGUAUCACCAAGUGAUCAGUUAACCUUCAAUGGUUAUGGUCAGAUAGUACUGGGUACACCUCCACAGUCCCUAAAUGAUAGUGAAAGACACACCUGUGAUAUUACACAAAUAGACCAAGUACACUGCCCCAGCCAAGGUUCAGUGAUUGACAUGACAGCCCUACGAAAUGUGCAGCCAAACAGGGCAUGCUGGAUGCAUCCACAAAGCAGUGACCAAAUAAAGAUGGUAUGUUUCGUUUUUCUAGAUAGAAAAUGCUUUAAAUGA